AUGCAGCCGCAUUGCCUAAAACCACUUCCAGGUCUCUGGGAUAUGCUGCAGAUCAAGAAGAAUGGCGGUUAUACUGAAGCGCCAGUCAUCGAAACUGUGAAAGUCAGUUCAAAAUUAGUAGCUAUGAUUACAUCUCGCAAUUUCGAUUUCAUUGGCGUAGACAUGGAAGUUAAAAAACGGACACCAAUAACCGAUAUUAUAGUCAAUGGUAGUAAACUCGUUCUGGGUGACAUAUCACCAACCAUAGAGAAGGGGCAGAAGAUUCUCGAAGACAACUGGCCAGGUGAACUUCCUAUUGUCAACGACAAAUGUGAACUCAUCGCAUUGUCGAUCAGAGUUGCUGAAUGCUCAUGA